AUGCGAACCAUUGUCCUUCCGUCUCUAGCCCUUGCUCUGCUUUCCCAGAGAGCCAGGGCUGACACCACGCUUUCCAUCGAUCCAACCUCCAACUGGGGUACCUGGGAAGGCUGGGGUGUAUCGCUCGCGUGGUGGGCAAAAGCCUUUGGCAACCGAGAUGAUCUGGCCAGUGUCUUCUUCAGCAGAAACAACCAAGCCGUCAAUGGCCAAACUCUGCCCGGCUUGGGCUUCAACAUUGUUCGAUACAACGCUGGCGCAUGUAGCAACAACAGCUACGAUGGUUCCACCAUGGUAGUCUCACCAAACAUCAAACCCUCCCGACAGAUGGACGGCUUCUGGCUCGACUGGGCCAGCUCCGAUCCUUCUUCAUCGAGCUGGAACUGGAAUGUCGAUGCGAAUCAGCGAGCAAUGCUCCAGAAGGCCAAAGCGAACGGUGCCAACAUCUUUGAGCUCUUCUCCAACUCCCCCAUGUGGUGGAUGUGCAAUAACCACAAUCCGUCGGGGAGCGGCUCGAGCGACAACCUCCAGUCGUGGAACUAUCAGAAUCACGCUGUUUAUCUGGCCGAUAUUGCUCAGCAUGCUCAACAGAGCUGGGGGAUCCAGUUCCAAUCAGUCGAGGCAUUCAAUGAGCCGUCUUCCAGCUGGUGGACAGCUGACGGUACGCAAGAAGGUUGCCAUUUCGAUGUGUCGACCAUGGCUACGGUGAUUGGUUAUCUGAACACAGAGCUGUCGUCGCGUGGCUUGUCGUCGUUUGUGGCAUCGUCCGACGAGAACACUUACGACUUGGCUAUUUCUACUUGGAACGGCUUCAACAGUUCUACACGGAACAUUGUGAAGCGUAUCAAUGUCCAUGGCUACCAGGACGGUGGUGGAAGGCGUGACACUCUCUAUAGCCUCGCCAGCCAGGCCGGGAAGCGGCUUUGGAACAGCGAAUACGGUGACUCGGAUGCCAGUGGAAAAUCCAUGUACCAAAACCUGCUCCUCGACUUCACUUGGCUCCAUCCCACUGCUUGGGUCUACUGGCAGGCCAUUGACGGCGCUGGCUGGGGGCUCAUCGUGGGUGACAAUGACCACUUGACGCUCUCGUCGGCAAGCACCAAGUACUUUGUCCUUGCGCAACUCACCCGCCACAUCAGACAGGGAAUGCAGAUCUUGACGACGCCUGAUGCCAAUACCGCCGUUGCCUACGACGCUGGUUCUCAGAAGCUUGUCAUUGUCACCGCAAACUGGGGCAGUGCCCAGACCAUCACCUUUGACCUUACUCGUGCCAGGACUGCGGGCAGCAAUGGCGCAACAGUGCCACGAUGGAGCACCCAGACCGGCGGGGGAGACCAGUACAGAAGCUACACAGAUACAAAGAUCAACAACGGAAAGUUUUCUGCGUCUUUUUCGAGUGGACAAGUGCAGACCUUUGAGGUCAGUGGCGUUGUGUUGCAAUGA